AUGGCUGAAAUACUAAAACCUAAAAAUACAAAUCCUCGUGGGAUUCCAGAAGCUCCAUUUAUUGAAAAAGUUGAUAACAUAAUUAAAGAUCCGGAAAAUGAAUUUCAAUCAAUAAUGUCUCAAUUUCAACAGAGAUUACAGCAAUAUAAAUAUAUGGAAUUAUCAAAACAACAACAAUUGGCUGAUUUGAAUAUCAAAAUUCCAGAUAUCGAGAAAAAUUUAGCCGUUAUUGAUCAAAUAAAAGAAAGUAAGAACGAUGAAGAAAAUGAUGAGGUGACUUUUAAUUAUGAAUUGAAUGAUACAUUAUAUAAUGAAGCAACCGUUGAUGUCAAAAAUUUAAACUCAGUUUAUUUGUGGCUCGGAGCAGAGGUAAUGUUAGAGUAUCCGUUAGAUGAAGCGGUCACAUUAUUAAAUGAAAGAUUAAAUAAAAACAAAGAACAAAAGCAGAUAGUAGAGGAAGACUUAGAUUUUUUAAAAGAAAAUAUAACAACAAUGGAAGUCAAUACAGCAAGAUUAUAUAACUGGGACGUGGAAAGAAGAAAGAAAGAAAAAAGUAAAUAA